AUGAUUUACCAGUCCGAGAACCGAAACAUCUCUUUUUCGCCAAACCAGACAUUGUGGUCAUGGAUCUUCAAGUCCAAGACAUUCGCGUAUGGUAACGAUGCCCCAGGGUUUACCGAUGCCAUCACCAAGAAGCAUAUUAGCUACGGGUUGCUGAAAGAUUAUGCAACAUCGUUGUCUUCAAUCCUUGUUGCUCGGUAUGGGCUGAAACAUAACGACACGGUGAUUGUCUACGGCAGGAACUCCAUUUGGUGGCCCGUUGCUACUCUUGCUACUAUUCGUGUCGGUGGUGUAGCUUGCGGGGUGUCGCCAGACUAUACCGUUGACGAGCUUGCUUACAGUCUCAAGACCAGCAAGUCGAAGAUUAUGUUUGCUACUGUCGACAAUAUUGAUAAAGCUCAUGCUGCAGCUGCCAAAGUUGGGAUCCCUAAAAGCAACGUGCUGCUAUUAGAGGGUUCCAGCAAGGACAGUACAAGCAUACAGACGCUUCUGGAGACGGCAAAUGGUGUUGCAGAAGUGCCCUCAUUUCAAAUUCCCGAGGACAAAACGAAUGCCGACGUUUGCACAUUUCUUUGCUUCAGCAGCGGUACUACUGGUCUUCCGAAAGCGGUCAUGAUAUCACACGCCAACAUUAUCGCGCAAUGCCUUCAAGUGGCAGACCUCACGCCCCCUGGUCAUAACAAAGUCCUGGCAGCUUUGCCAUUCUAUCACAUCACUGGCAUCGUGCAUCAACUGCAUUUCCCAAUCUACCUCAACGCCAAUGUCUACGUCUUGGGCAAGUUCACGCUAGAUACGCUACUACAGACUGCAUCGGAGAAUAAGAUCAAGGAGCUUCUGCUUGUCCCACCCAUCAUCAUUCGACUAGUCCGCGAAUCCAAGCUAGUGGCAAAGUAUGACUUGUCUCAUGUUGAACGCUUUUCGUCAGGAGCAGCGCCUUUGUCGCGAGAAAUUCUAACUCUGCUUGAGAAAGCCUUUCCUGGUACAGGAUUCAGGCAGGGAUAUGGCAUGACUGAGUCAUGUUCUUGUAUUGUCGCCCAUCCACUUGGAAAGUAUGCUUACAAGUAUGCUGACAAGGUGGGUACGCUGGUAGGAUCCACAGAACUUCGGAUUGUAGACAUUGAAACUGGCAAGGACUGUGAGGCCAACAAACCAGGUGAAAUUUGGGCUCGUGGGCCACAGAUGGCUAUGGGUUAUCUUGACAACCCCAAAGCAACUCGGGAUACCUUUGACAAAGAUGGGUUCUUGCACACUGGUGACAUAGGGUAUAUCGAUGAGGAAGGUUUUCUGUCCAUCACCGACAGACUGAAGGAAAUGAUCAAAGUCAAAGGAAUUGCAGUUGCACCAGCAGAACUCGAGAACCUCCUCCAAGGCCAGCCUCAGGUUGACGAUGUCGCUGUUUGCGGUAUUCCUGAUGAGUUCGCUGGUGAGCGGCCGAAGGCGUUUGUGGUGCUUAAUUCUUCGCAUUCCUCGAGACCAGUUGAAGCAGCAAAGGAGAUUUUCGAAAACGUCAAGAAGGCAACAACACGACACAAGUGGCUUGAGGAAAUUGAGAUUGUCUCUGCCAUACCGAAAAGCCCAGCUGGUAAGAUUCUGAGACGCAAGCUGCAGGGUAACUCUGUCGGUGACAGUAAGAAUGUCAUUGUCAAGGAUAGUAGGGUUGUAUCAAAGCUCUAG